AUUUGCCUGAAUUACUAGAUCAAUGUUUUAAUUAAGAUGAAUACUUCAAUUAUUUAAUAAGUUUGUCGAAAUAAAUGAAAAUUAUUACGAAGAUACAGUAAACAAACGAAUAAAUUAUUAGAUAUAUUUUUAUUCCGAAAAAAUUUAGAUUAGAUAUUCUGUAUAAAUACUUUGUAUAUAUAUUUAGUGCAAUAACAAAAAAGUUCAAAAAAAGAAAACUGUGAUUGGAAAACAAAUAAAUGUAUAAAAUUCUCGAAAACAAUAUUAUACACUUAUCAUUUUUCAAGGGUAUUUUUGAAGUACCUGGAAAAUAAAAUAAAAUGGAGAAAAAAGAAAAAAUAUCCAAAUCCAAAAAAGAUACUUGUGUUAUAGACCUAACAACUACUGAUGAUAAACAUGUACAAGCAUCAACGAACUCUUGCAUUUUACAAACGAAAAAAAGAAAAAUUUAUAAAAAUGAAGCUUCUUUACAACUAUGUGUAAAGGAAAUCGAAUAUAAACGUAAAUAUACUACACUUCAAAAUGUGAUAAAAAAAGUUAAAAUAAACACAAUUUCUAUGCCUGUUUCUGAAAUUACUCAAAAAGCAGAUAAUACAGUUAUAAUUAUAGAUUCAAGCACUAAUAAUAUCAAUGUAGAAGAUCCACUAUCUAGAAAAUCAAUAAAAGAAAAUGCUAAGAACGAGAUAAUUUCUGUAAUUCCAGCUCUAAAUUUGCAUGUCAAAAAUACUAUUCUUUUACAUUCUAAAUGUGAUACAGAUAAAAAAGAAAUUAAUCCUGUAAAUCAAACUAUAAAUUUAGAUGAUGAAAAUAUUACUGUAUUACAUUCUAAAUGCAAUACAGAUAAGAGAGAAAUAACUUCUACAACCCCAAUUAUAAAUGUAGAUCUUGAAGAUAUUACUGUAUUAAAUUCUAAAUGCAAUACAGAUAAAAAAAAAAUAACUUCUACAACCCCAAUUAUAAAUGUGGAUCUUGAAGAUAUCACUGUAUUAAAUUCUAAAUGCAAUACAGGUAAAAAAGAAAUAAAUUCUGUAACUCAAACUACAAAUUUGCAUGGUCAAGAUAUUAGUGUAUUAAAUUCUAAAUGUAAUACAGAUAAAAAAGAAAUAGCUCUGACUAUAAAUAAUUCUGAAAAAAAAGAUAAAAGUUCUGUAACUCAAACUAUAAAUUUGAAUGUUGAAGAUAUUAAUGUAUUACAUUCUUAUGAAACAAAUUCAUGUACUAGUUAUGAACAGAUAACUGAUAAUAUAGACAUUCUAAAUGAAGAUUUUAGUCAAUAUUUCAAAGAACCAUUUGACAUAUCUUUUCAAGAAUCAAGUAAAGAAGUUGAAGAAAGAUUAUCAAAUACUAUGGAUAUGAAAGAUUCACAAAAUAAAUGUCAACCAAUAUUGAAAAAUUCUAAUAUAUCAAAACAAGAUUUUGUACCAUCUAAUCAAUUGAAUACUACUAAUCUAGAAGCACAACUAGACAAAAUUAAAGUCUUUUCGAAUGAUAUAGAUAUUUCUCUCCCAAUUACUAAAAAUUCAAAUGGAGAAACAAUUAGCCGUUUUUAUUGGUGGGAUGCAUAUGAGGAUACAUAUAAACAACAGGGAAUUGUUUAUUUAUUUGGAAAAGUUUAUAUUGAUUCCAUUAAAACAUGUUAUUCUUGUUGUUUAUCAAUAAAAAAUUUGCCAAGGAGAAUAUAUCUUCUACCAACAAAACAUUUUAUAGAUUCAUUUGAUGCCAAUUUAAGAUUAACUACUAUGGAAGAUGUAUAUAAUGAAUUUAAUGAACUUGCAAAUAAAUUAGGUAUAAAAGAAUUUCAAAGUCGUCGGGUUUGGAAAAAGUAUGUUUUCAAAGAAGAUGUACAAACUUAUACAGAAUAUUUGGAAAUUCUAUAUCCAGCAAUGUAUCCAGCUAUAGAUUCAAAUUACAGUGGAUUUGCUAUAGAAAAAAUUUUAGAGACUACUAUAUCGCCUCUACAAUUAUUACUUCUGGAAAAAAAUAUCAAAGGGCCAUGUUGGUUAGAUAUCAAACAUCCUACAAAAGAUCUAUCUGAUACCAUUUGGUGCAAAGUAAAACUGAUUUGUACAAAUAUUAAGAAUAUUUCUGUUAGUGUUGACUCUCCAAAAUUGUCAUUGCCACCAAUGGUAAUUGCUGGAUUAAAUGUUUGUACAUGUCCAGAUCCAAAAACUAAACAGAAUCAAAUACUUAUGGUUGUUAUUAUUUUACAAGAUGAAUGCCAGAUUGUCAAAGAUGUACCAAAGCCAUCUUUUAAACAAACUUUUUGUUUGAUAACUAAACCAAAUGACACUCUAUGGCCACAUGAAACAGAUCAGCUGUUGUCUAAUAUUUCAAAUACUAAUAUAAUAAAAUGUGAAAAUGAAAGUGUCUUACUAGAAGAAUUACUUAGAAUAAUAGAAGAAGCUGAUCCAGAUUUAUAUGUAGGGUAUGAUUGUAGUCAUCAAUUUGAAUCAUUAUUACAUAGAAUGUUUAUUUUAAACAUUGGAAAUUGGAGUAAACUAGGAAAAGUAAAGCAUUUUACAUAUCCUGUUACUAGGCAAAAAACAUUUAUAAAUCGAGCAUUAUCUGGUCGUCCUGUAUGUGAUAUAAAAAUUAUAGCUAAAGAGUUAAACAUAAAAAGCAGAAGUUAUGAUUUACAAUCCCUUUGUACAACAGUAUUAAACAAGAAAAGUAAUGAAUCCAAGGAAAUAAAAUCUGAGGAUUAUUUCUUAUAUUAUACUACAAAAAAAAGGUUAGAAGAUCUGAUCAAAUUAACACUUGCAGACACAUUGGAUAUUCUAUCUGUAACAUUUAAACUUAAUAUGAUUCCGUUUGCAAUAGAACUUACGUGUAUAUCGGGUACUAUUUUAUCAAAAAUAUUAGCAGGAAGCCAAAUGGAAAGAAAUGAAUUUCUUUUAUUGCAUGCUUUUCAUGCAAACGAUUAUAUAUUACCAGAUUCUUCAAAAAUAAACAAAAACAUAGAAAGUGAGAUAUCUGGGAAAAAAAUAUCAACUCAUAAAGGUGGUUUAGUUCUUACUCCAAUAAAAGGAUUUUAUACUACAUUGAUCUUAUUAAUGGAUUAUAUCUCUUUAUAUCCUAGUAUAAUAAUAGAAUACAAUCUAUGCUUCAGUACAAUACCUGGAGCAGCAUAUACUGAUUAUAAGGAUUUAAAAAUACCAGAAUUAAAUUCAGAACUUGGAGUUAUCCCAAAAGAAAUACAAAGACUAACUGAAUAUAGAAAACAAGUAAAAAAAUUAAUAACAUUACCAGAUAUUUCACCCAGUCAAAAAAUGCGAUAUAAUGCAAAGCAAAUAGCCUUAAAGCUUAUGGCAAACAGUAUAUAUGGUUGUUUGGGUGCACCACAUUGCAGAUUUUAUGCCAAAGGAUUAGCUGCUUUAAUUACAUCAAAAGGUAGAGAAAUUCUAUUAAAUACAAAACAUUUAAUUGAAAAUAUGAAAUAUGAGAUCAUUUAUGGUGAUACUGAUUCUAUAAUGAUCAAAACUAAUCUUCUUGAGUAUAAUGAUGUUAUUUCUAUUGGAGAUAAGAUCAAAGGGGAAAUAAAUAAAUCUUAUAGAAAUAUAGUACUAGAUAUUGACAGUGUGUUUCAAUAUUUAUUACUUUUUCAAAAAAAGAAAUAUGCAGCACUUGCAAUGAAAAAACUACCAAAUGGUCGAAUAGAAUUAUCGCAAAUACAUAAGGGUAUAGAAACAAUACGGAAAGAUUGGUGUCCAUUAUCUGUAGAAGUUGGAAAAAAUAUACUGAAUAAUAUUUUUUCUAAUCAACCACAUGAUAUGAAAAUAAAAGCAAUUUACGAAAUAUUGCAAAAUAUUUCAAGAACCAUUAGAGAAAAUCAGAUAUCUCUAUCAUCGUUUAUAAUAUCUAAACAACUUUCUAAAAAUCUUAAUAAUUAUCAUGAUGAAGAACAACCACAUAUACAGGUAGCCACAAGAUUAUACAAAAGAUAUGGUAAAAUAUGGAAAGCUGGAGAUACCAUAUCUUAUGUGAUAUGCCAGAGUGAAACUGAUAAAUCGAUUACAAACAAAUCAUAUCAUAUAAACGAACUUAAAGAAAACAAGUCUCUAAAGAUUGAUAUUAAUUAUUAUUUAAAGAAACAGAUAUUACCUAUUGCAUUAAGAAUUUGUGAACCAAUUGCAGAAGUAGAUAAGAUAUCGUUAGCUAAAAAUUUAGGUUUGGAUAAUGCACAUGGAUAUAAAGGGAUAGUAUGUACAUUAAAUAAUAUUGAAAAACAAAUAAUGAUAACUGCAGACAGAUUUAAACAUUGCAAAGCUUUAACAUUCAGAUGUAUCAAUGAAAAUUGUCGCAAUGAAAUUACGAUUAAAGAUGUAACAUCAGAAUCUUCUAAUGGUUGUCAACUAUUUUUGAAUACUAUUUGUUCUAAUACUACUUGUAAAAUUCCUUUAUGGAAAAAUGUAAAUGCUAUAUCUAAUGAAUUGGUACUUAAUAUAAGACAGGCUAUAAAUAUGUAUUAUUCUAAUGAGUUGAAAUGUAAAAACCCUCUAUGUUCUAAUGUAACUAAAAGACUUCCAAUGUAUUUUUAUACAAUGUAUCCCAAAUGUGAUAAAUGUAAUGAAUCUUUUAUAUGUAGAAAAUAUACUGAAACGGAUCUAUAUGAUCAAAUAUGUUUUUAUCAUAAAAUCUUCGAUAUUAGUCAUUUGCAAAAUAAACUUUCGUUGGUUGAUUAUCCAGAGGAAAUAAUAUCAGUAUACAACACACUUAAGGAUAUUGUUAAUAAGUAUUUGAAGUGUACUUCAUAUUUAAUUGUGAACUUUGAUAAAGUUUUUCAAAACAGAUUCAUAAAAUAUACAGUGCAUGAUUCAGAUUAUGAUAUUUCUUCAAAUGAUUAUGCUCAUAUGGAGAGUAAACAAUUGUAAAUGUAUUUUAUUAAUAUAUAUAUAUAUAUAUACAUAUAUAUAUAUGUGUGUGUGUU